AUGAUUGCUUACACAGAUUUAUUGGAUCAAUUGCCAAAUUUGGUUGUUGCAGAGUUCAAAUUUUGCAAUCAGACCAUCUCGCAUCCUGUUUCAGGAUCAACUACUGUCAAGGAGAUGAUAAGUGUGGUGAAACAAAAGUGGCCUUAUGUUCCUGAAGAACUCAUCCUUUUUGAUUACACUGUAGAAGGGAUCUCAAAUGUCAUCAAUCACGAUUUAGAUUUGAGCGAUGAGUUAGUUGUUGUGGAAGACGUCACUGAUGAUGCGUGUUUGAUCAAAAAGGUCCCGAGGAAGGUUGAUGCUUGGGUCAACAUCUUAACUGGAGUAGGGCAGUUGUUUGAAGGUGGUAUUAAAGAAGUUAAGGACUCUGUUACAAAUUUAGCUUCUUCAGAUCCAUCAAAAGUUAGGAUGAGAAAAUCUUUUAUGAAGAAUAUCUUGUCAGAUGAUUUGCGAGCAGCGAAGAAGAAGAAGACUGCUGCUGAUGUUAUAGAUUUAUUCCGAAUGGAAUAUGGAGUUGACCUUACGUAUAGUCAGGCAUACCACAGUUUACAAUUCACCAAGAAAUUUCUUUGGGGUGAUGACAUCAAGUCCUAUUUAGACUUAUUUUGGUAUAAAGAUGCCAUUGAACAGUACAAUCCUGGAAGUGUUGUAAAUUUUGAGUAUGACAAUGUGACGCUUCGGUUCAAAAGUUUUUUUGCUGCUUUUGAAACUUCCAUUACUGGUUUCAACAAUUACUGCCGUCCAAUGUUAUUUAUCGAUUGUACCUUUCUCACUGAGAAUUUCAAGGGUGGUCUUAUGGUUUCUUGCGGCAAAACUGAGAUCUACCCAGUUGCAUUUGCAAUUGUUCCUUGUGAAAAUUGUGAUAGUUGGGAAUGGUUCUUAACCAAUUUGAAGGGUAUUAUUCGUGAAGAUCGUCCACUGACCAUCAUAUCAGAUCGUGGAAUCGGCAUUUUGAAGCAUGUGCCUGUAGUCUUCCCAAAGGCUUUCCAUUCCUACUGUUUAUACCAUAUGAAAAGAAAUAUUCCAGUUCCAAAGGGCAAGAGUAGACAAACUGCAGUCAAGUUAUUCGAAGAGUGCUACACUGCAUUAACAAAGGAAAAAUUUUAUGCUGCUGCGAAGAGUAUAAGUAAUAUAAAGUUGGAUUCAGUGGUUGCUUGGAUGAUGAAGAUUCCAUUCGAGAAUUGGGCUGCUCAUGCAUUUCUAGGAGAAAGGUGGGGUGAGAACACAUCUAAUGUUGCUGAGAGUUUUAACAAUGUUAUUAAGCAUGAUAAGCCGCUUCCAGCAAUUGAGCUUCUCGAUGUUAUUUGUUCUAAGGUAAUGGAGCAGAAUUACGAUAAGUUAUUGGUGUCUAACAAGUGGAAUACAAGGCUUACUCCUCGUAUGCAAGCAAGGUUUAACAAGAUGAUAAAUGACUGCCGUUCAUACAAGUUUCGGAGAUCAAGUGAGAAAGUAUUUGAGAUCAUUUCUCCAACAGGAAAGCAUACGGUCGACUUGGAGUCUAGGACUUGUACCUGCAAAUGGUGGAAAAAACAUAGCUUUCCUUGCACUCAUUCAAUGAAAUCCAUGUUGCAUAUUGGAAAUGAUGAACCAUAUAAAUACAUUAGCCCUUACUAUACUUCUGAAUACUAUAGAAGGUUGUACUCUCGAUCCAUAUAUCCUAUUCCGGACUCUGAGAAACCACCUGGAAUUAAUGAAAAGGGGUAUGUUUUUCCUACAAAUGGUGGUCGAGUACAAGGUGGAAGGCCUAAAGGUGUUAGGUAUAGGGGUAGUCGUGAAAAGGUUCGCAAGAAGAGGAAGUGUGGCCAAUGUGGGAUGCUCACCUUUCACAACCGUCGAACAUGUCGCAGACCUCCUUUGGCUCCUCGUGCACCAACAUUUCGCAGGGAGUCUCAUUCCAGGAUGAUCAACUUCUUGAAGAGGAUGUUGUCCUGA